AUGAUUCUUAGUUCUUUACCGCUACAUGAAUCAUCGAUGGUCGCCGAUGACCUCAACGUCCAGAUCGGCGCCGACGAUCACAGCUGGCCCCGCGUGCUAGGUCAAAAUGACAAUGACAGCGGUGUUGCCGAUACCAGCGGCCCGACGCCAUACCUUUACGCUACGCACGCUGGGACGCUGUUUCCGCCUGCAAAUGGCGAGGUAGAAAACGUGUGGACAUCGGAAGUAACCGUUUUCUACUUGUCGCGAAGUGCCUUUGUCUGGCAACAACUGGAGGAACAAUCUGCAGAGAGAAAAAGGCCUGUUUGGUACAGGGAAUUUGAAGGAUCCCGGCACUCGCGAGGCGUUCCAGAUGGAAAUCAGCAGCGCAGCAAAUUCGUUUUUAUGCACGACGUUACCAUCCCUCAAAACUCACAGCUGUUCUACUACCGCCUUAAAGAAGGCAUUGUCGACGCCGCUGACAAAGCUAUAGGCUUCAGCAGCAGGAAGACGAAGCAGCCUUGA